UUAGACAGCAGCGUCCAAGCGACAGAACCUGAGAUAGUUUCCCUGAGACACCAAGGUGCCCACCGACUAGGUUGACUUUAAGGACGUGGCAAAGAACCAGAGGGUAGUGAAUAGCAUCGGCUUUUGAGGAAGAAAGGAGGAGAAAAGUGGGAGGAGAAAGAGGGAAGAGAUAGAGCGUGACAGACGGAAGGAGCGGAGAAGAAGCACAUGGUGCAAAAAUGCCCACUAGCUUCACCGUCGUCCCGGUAAAAGACAACAACAAGACUGCGGAAGACAGAGAUGAUGAGGGAGAUGUGGAGGAAACCAAUAAAGAGGAGGACAAUGAGGACGUCCCAGGUGAUGGCGUCCCAAAAGAAAACAGUCCCUUCAUCAACAACACAGACAACGACAAGGGCAACAGCUAUGACGGCACAAACAUGGCGCUUUUCGAGGAGGAGAUGGACAGCAAUCCCAUGGUCUCAUCUCUCCUCAAUAAACUGGCAAACUACACCAAUCUGCCCCAGGGGGCCCAGGAGCACGAAGAGGCUGACGAUGACGAGGAGCCCAAAAAGAAAACUGUCAAGAGCCCUCAGAUGGGAACUUUUAUGGGCGUCUACCUACCCUGCCUUCAGAACAUUCUGGGGGUCAUCCUAUUUCUCCGCCUUACCUGGAUUGUCGGCACCGCUGGCAUCUUAGAAUCUCUAGCUAUUGUUGGCCUGUGCUGCUCUUGUACCAUGCUGACGGCCAUAUCUAUGAGUGCAAUUGCUACGAACGGUGUAGUGCCGGCCGGAGGCUCCUACUAUAUGAUCUCCAGAUCUCUUGGACCAGAGUUUGGUGGCGCUGUAGGUCUCUGCUUCUACCUGGGAACCACGUUCGCUGGCUCCAUGUACAUCUUGGGUACCAUUGAGAUUCUGCUGACCUACAUUGUGCCAAAGGCAGCCAUCUUCGUGGCCGAGAAGAAAGAGGAUGAGGUGGAUGCCUUGCUCAAUAACAUGCGUGUCUACGGUACAUGCUGCCUUGCACUCAUGGCUAUAGUGGUCUUCGUGGGAGUGAAAUACGUCAAUAAGCUGGCUCUGGUCUUCCUGGCCUGCGUCAUCCUCUCCAUCCUCGCCAUCUACGCCGGAGUCAUCAAGACCAUAUUUGAACCUCCUGACUUUCCCGUCUGCAUGCUCGGGAAUCGCACCUUACAGAACCACAACUUUGACAAGUGUCUUAAAACAGAGGUAAUCGACAACAUUACCGUCACCACACAGUUGUGGAGGCUGUUCUGCGAAGGGCCUGAGCUCAACGCCACCUGCAACGAGUACUUCGACAAUAACAACGUGACGCUGGUGCAAGGCAUCCCCGGGCUCACCAGCGGGGUCAUCUCAGAGAACAUGUGGUCUGUGUACGGCCCCCUGGACCAGCUGGUGGAAGACCAGAAGAUGCCGUCAGUUGGCGCAAGUGACCCAGCUGCGGACAAGUACAUGCCCUACGUGGUCAACGACAUCACCACCUUCUUCACCCUGCUGGUCGGCAUCUACUUCCCCUCCGUCACUGGCAUCAUGGCCGGGUCCAACAGGUCUGGCGACUUGCGUGAUGCCCAAAAGUCUAUCCCCAUCGGCACCAUUUUGGCAAUCACAACCACCUCUAUCAUCUACAUCACCUGUGUGGUGCUUUUUGGAGGCUGCAUUGAAGGUGUUUUACUGAGGGAUAAAUUUGGAGACUCCGUCAAAGGCAACCUUGUCAUCGGCACACUGUCCUGGCCGUCACCGUGGGUCAUCGUGAUCGGCUCCUUCUUCUCCUGCUGCGGCGCUGGACUCCAGAGUUUGACCGGCGCCCCUCGACUCCUGCAGGCCAUCGCUCGUGAUGGCAUUGUUCCCUUCCUGCAGGUCUUUGGUCACGGUAAAGCUAACGGAGAACCCACGUGGGCUCUGCUGCUGACCGCUGGGAUAUGUGAGAUUGGAAUCCUCAUCGCGUCUCUGGACGCUGUGGCGCCGAUCCUCUCCAUGUUUUUCCUGAUGUGUUACCUGUUUGUGAAUUUGGCCUGUGCGGUCCAGACCCUGCUGCGGACGCCCAACUGGAGGCCGCGCUUCAAGUUCUACCACUGGGCCCUGUCAUUCCUGGGAAUGAGCUUGUGUCUCGCUCUCAUGUUCAUCUCUUCCUGGUACUACGCUAUUGUCGCCAUGGCCAUCGCCGGCUGCAUUUACAAGUACAUUGAGUACAGAGGGGCAGAGAAGGAGUGGGGUGAUGGAAUCCGUGGACUGUCUCUGAAUGCCGCCCGCUAUGCCCUCAUCCGCCUGGAGGAGGCGCCACCACACACCAAGAACUGGAGGCCUCAGCUUCUCGUUCUCCUCAACUUAGACACGGACCAAGUCGUCAAACACCCACGUCUGCUGUCAUUCACCAGCCAGCUGAAGGCAGGAAAAGGCCUCACCAUCGUUGGAAACGUCAUUGAAGGAACGUACCUGACCAAAGACGCUGAGUCAAAGAGAGCAGAGCAGAAUAUCAAAUCCGUCAUGUCAGCAGAACGUACCAAGGGAUUCUGCCACGUUGUGGUCUCCUCCAACCUUCGAGAUGGCGUCUCUCACCUGAUCCAGUCGGCCGGUCUGGGAGGGAUGAAGCAUAACACUGUUUUGAUGGCCUGGCCGGGAAAUUGGAGGCAGUCCAACGACCCUCAGUCGUGGAGGAACUUCAUCGAGACGGUGCGUGAGACUACCUCUGCCCAUCAGGCUUUGCUGGUGGCAAAGAACAUCGAUAACUUCCCCACCAACCAAGACCGACUGGCUGAAGGCACCAUCGACGUGUGGUGGGUGGUGCACGACGGGGGGAUGUUGAUGCUCUUACCGUUCCUACUGCGACAGCACAAGGUUUGGAGGAAAUGUAAGAUGCGCAUCUUCACUGUGGCUCAGAUGGACGACAACAGCAUCCAGAUGAAGAAAGACCUGCAGAUGUUUCUCUACCACCUGCGACUCAACGCAGAGGUGGAAGUAGUCGAGAUGCACGACAACGACAUCUCCGCCUUUACUUACGAGAAGACCCUGGUGAUGGAGCAGAGGUCGCAGAUGUUGAAGCAGAUGCAGCUGUCGCGGACGGAGAGAGAGCGAGAGAUUCAGAGUAUCACUGACGAGUCGCGUAGCUCGAUCCGGAGGAAGAACCAGGAGGCCGGCCAAGGCGCCCACCUCAGCCGCCAGUCCUCUUCAGCCGAGGACAAUCAGGAGGACGAGGCUCAGCUGAUCCACGACAGGAACACGGCGUCGCACGCUGCCAUCAACGACAAGACGGAGACGGGCCCGGAGCGCGUGCACAUGACCUGGACCAAGGACAAGCUUUUCACCGAGCGCAACCGGAACCGCGAGAGCAACGCCAACAUGGUUGUGCGCGACCUCUUUAACAUGAAACCAGAGUGGGAGAAUCUGAACCAGUCCAACGUCCGUCGGAUGCACACUGCCAUCAAGCUGAACGAGGUGGUGGUCAACCGGUCACAGGGGGCUCAGCUGGUCCUGCUCAACAUGCCUGGACCACCCAAGAACAGAGGAGGAGACGAGAACUACAUGGAGUUCCUGGAGGUCCUGCUCGAGGGCCUGAACCGAGCCCUGCUGGUCCGAGGAGGCGGCCGAGAGGUCAUCACCAUCUACUCUUAGGGACCCGUCCACAUGCAGGGGCUGUUACCAUGGAUACCGGGGCAUUUUUAAAGAGGCGAGGAGCCUACUUGGGUUUUGCUGACAGGGCGGGUUGGAAGGAGGCACCACUUGUGAUUGACAGCUGUUCCGAGCUACUUCAGGAAGAAGGAGGACGUUGGCGACGGACGCCGCGAGCGUCGUGAGUGUCCACGCCGGGCGCCACUGCGCUGACGGACGCUAGAGCAUAGAGACACUUUAUAUUUUUCAUUUGUGUAUCUUCUGUCCUUCGUGUGUUGAUGUUGUUGCUUGUUGUGUAAAAAGUCACUGUCAUGAUAAACGUCUGGACAGGAAGUGGAAAGAGCAAAGGUAGGAAGGUGAUAGAUACUGAGGCGGCGUUCAAGUGCCGCCGGACAAAAGAGGACAGACAUGUAAACGGUGUUGUAGCUGUCUGACAGCUCUCGAUAGUUUUCUACGCUACUAGCUCAGCUCAACAUAUAAUCAAACCUUUGCCUUCAGAAUUGUAACGGAAGAGAAAGAAAAGCACAAAUGUCUUUGUAAUCGUCCGGACGUCGGUGGCAUCGUACUCUGACCGUAGUUCCAGCACUGUUGACUUUGCACUACCGAAACCUUUCAAACCUGUCGUCACUGUUACGUAAUGUUUCUGCUUCGAGUCCCCAAACUGACGAGUGUAGGAGGAAAAAGUGCCAAAAGGUGUCUGAAAGAAACUGUGGAAGUAUGAAGAGAGCACGAAGUCCAGAGCUGCCUGCCGUCUUUACCUCCACAGUCUCUUUGUUGAUUAGCUGUGCAGUAUUUUUUUUAAGUAUUUUACUUCCUUGCAGGAAAAAAAAAGCUGGUGGUCAGUGAUGCAACAUCCCUGUUUUGUUUUGUUAUUGUCGUCGUGUAGUUCUGCAGUGUUACCUGUCACGUGUUAGUGUUUUAAAGAUGUCAGAGAGGCUGUGUGUGUCGUGUGUCUGUGUGCCUGCGUGUGUGUGUGUGUGUGUGGACGUGUGUCUCACUUUUUAGCCAAUAAAUAAAUGUUUAGUUUUUUCAAAUCCUUAAUCGCACCUGAACGAAAAAUGUAUCACCUUCCAAAUCAUCCUUGGAGAAGAAGAGUGUCGGUGGAGGUCAGCGAGGACUGGAGACAGAAAACUACCUCAAGGUGUCGCUGAGACUCGGCUGAGGACAAGUCACUGGUGGGAGCACAUGUAGAGACGGUAGUCCUGUAAAUGAUAUCUGUGCCUCUCUGGGUCAUUAUUAAAAGUGCUGAAAUAA